UGACUGGGUUAGCACGGAGGAGCAAUGCUGAGAGACGCCCAUGUGUCUUCAGUGUGUGGACAGUUUAACUUUUAGUCAAAAAACAUCGUUAUCACCUUUGUGUUGGACGUUGGGAUAAACCAACAACAGCGUCUCCAGUAGUUCAACCAUGGUUUUAGUUGAACAUGUUCUCCACAAGGUUCUGACUUACAUCCCAUAUGUUCUUGUUUUGAUGGACAUGAGGUUUGAAGGGGUCACAUGUGGUCGAGAUGGAAGCGUGGACAAUCACAUGGAGAUGGGGAAGAAACUGCUCGCUGCUGGUCAACUGGCAGAUGCACUUUCUCAUUUCCAUGCUGCCGUAGAUGGAGAUUCCAAAAACUACAUGGCCUACUUCAGGAGAGCCACGGUGUUUCUAGCAAUGGGGAAGUCAAAGUCUGCACUGCCAGACUUGAGCAGGGUCAUCGAGCUCAAACCAGACUUCACAUCGGCACGCCUGCAGAGAGGGAACAUUCUUCUAAAGCAGGGCCGACUUGACGAAGCAGAGAGUGACUUCAAGAAAGUGAUGAAGUCCAACCCCAGCGAAAAGGAACAGAAAGAAGCUCAGAGUCAGCUGACCAAGUCAGAUGAAAUUCAGCGUCUGGUGGCUCAGGCUCACAGCAGCUUCAGCAGCCAGGAUUAUGUGACAGCCGCUGCCCAUCUCGACACCAUCAUUGAUACUUGCAUUUGGGACGUGGCUUCACGGGAGAUGCGAGCAGAGUGUUUCAUCCAAACAGGGGAGAUGGGAAAGGCCAUCAGCGACCUCAAAGCUACGUCCAAGUUAAAGAGUGACAACACCAAGGCUUUCUACAAACUCAGCACCAUCUACUACCAUCUUGGAGACCACGAGAUGUCCCUCAAUGAAGUGCGCGAGUGCCUAAAACUGGAUCCUGAUCACAAGCAGUGUUACAAUCAUUACAAGCUGGUCAAGAAGCUCAACAAGCAGAUCCAGUCAGCAGAGGCACUCAUCCAGGAGCAAAGGUAUGAAGAUGCUGUAAACAAAUAUGAGGACGUGAUGAAGACGGAGCCCAACGUGCAGCACUUCUCUGCGCUCGCCAAAGAGCGCAUCUGCCAUGCACUGACACAGAGUCAGCAAGGGAGCAGAGCCAUCUCAGUGUGUAGUGAAGUCCUCACAUCAGACCCAGAGAAUGUAAACGCGCUGAAGGACAGAGCGGCGGCUUACAUCCUGGAGGAACAGUACGAGGAUGCCAUCAAAGACUACGAGACGGCUGCUAAACACAGUGAGAAUGACCGUGGAAUUAAAGAAGGCCUGGAGAAAGCACAGCGACUCCUCAAACAGUCUCAGAGGAGGGAUUAUUACAAGAUUCUCGGAGUGAAAAGGAACGCACAGAAGAAGGAGAUCAUUAAAGCCUACAGAAAACUGGCCCAACAGUGGCACCCGGACAACUUCCAGGACCCCGAGGAGAAGAAGAGGGCAGAGAAGAAGUUCAUCAACAUCGCUCAGGCUAAAGAGGUUCUCACUGACCCAGAGAAGAGAACCAAGUUCGACAACGGUGAAGAUCCCAUGGACCCAGAGAGCCAGCAAGGUCACCACCAUAGACAUGGAGGUUUCCAUGGAUUCCAGGGUUUCAAUCCCUUUGGUUCUGGACCCUUCAGCUUUAAAUUCAACUUCAACUAAAUGGAAGUUCAUGUCCAGCUGUCUUUCCGCUGCUGCAGGGAUUCUAGUGUUUUUGGAGACCACUGACCGGAGACACGGCAGUGUAACGCACUAAAAUGUGGAGCAAAUUGUCACUUUAAUUCAGUGACGCUUAAAGACAUUUCUUGAAUGUUUAAAAAUGUUAAUAAUGAUACAUGCCUUUAAAUCUAAGUGGUGAAGGACUUGCUUUUUGGACAAUAAGUGCCUUUUGGGAUACAGACUAUUGUGUUCUACACUUUACCACUUGCAUCCAUUCAGAUUGUUUGUACAUAGGUGCAGUGCUAUUUUUAUAUGAAUGGAGACUUUCUAAUGUGUAAAUAAAGAACUAUUUAUGUACACUGAA